AUGAUCCUAUGCUGUGGGGGUUCCGGUGUCGUUCUGCGGUUACAAAGGGGAAAGAAGCAACAAGUGGAAAAUGGAAGUGGAGCUGAAGAUAAUGUAGACAGUUCCCACUGCAGUAAUGCUUCUGUACACAGCAAUCAAGAAGCCGGACCCAGCAACAAGAGGACAAAAACAUCUGACGAUUCUGGCUUGGAGCUGGAUGCAAACACUGAGACUGUAACAAUUGAUCCUGUGUUGGAUGGAUCCAAUGAGAUAGAGUUGGUCUUUAGACCUCACCCAACGCUAAUGGAGAAAGAUGAUAAUGCUCAGAUACGGUACAUAAAGACUUCUGGAAAUGCUACAGUUGAUCACUUAUCUAAGUACCUUGCUGUGAGAUUGGCUCUUGAAGAAUUUCGGAGUAAAGGAGAGACCAACCAGAUGAAUCUGAAUGCUGCCAGUGAAAAGCAGUAUACUAUAUACAUUGCUACAGCCAAUGGACAAUUUACAGUUUUAAAUGGCUCAUUUUCCCUGGAACUGGUCAGUGAAAAGUACUGGAAGGUAAAUAAACCCAUGGAACUCUACUACGCACCCACUAAGGAGCACAAAUAAUUUGGGAACUCUCAUUUUAAAAGGAGUUUUUUCUUAUCCUAAAGACAAACUUACAUGUACACUUCUUGACCAAGUGGCAUCUCUAAUCUUUCCUGAAGGAUAUCUGAAUUUAUUCACCGAAACAUGCUGAUGGUGUUUUUGAAGACAAGCCUUUACAGCUUUUUGUAACUAAGGGACCCGUGUAAUCCUGGAAGAUGAGGACUGUGGUUUUAUGUAUUAUGGAUAUUCUUAUUUAUUUAAUAUUUUGUCUUAAUUGGUGGCUAUGGAUUUGUAUGAACACAGAUGUAGCAUCAAAACAAGUUGAAGAUAAUUGGUAUGUACUAAAGCUAGUGGUAUCAUAUAGGUGUUAAGGUACUCAUAGAUAUUAGGUGCUCUUUGUCCAGUUGUCUACAAAAUAUG